AUUGUUCUUGCAAAGAUGAACGAUCUAAUGACGAAGUCUUUCUUAAGUUACGUGGAACUGAAGAAACAGGCACAGAGGGAUUUGGAAUCAGAAGUACCCGACGUUGAAAAUGGCAUCGGAAAAGGGAAACUCAACCCCAUUGAAGAAAUCAACCUUUCCCAGUUCUUCCAAGAAGUGGCCUCGAUCAAGAUGACAAUGGAGGGGAUCUCGAAUCUCGUGUUUGAUCUACAAACCCUAAAUGAAGAAACGAAGUCCAUUCACAGCGCCAAGGUCUUCCGAGGGUUACGAGACAGGAUCGAAGCCGACACCGUUUCGAUUCUUCGAAAAGCGAAGGUUGUAAAGGAAAAGCUCGAAUUACUCGACAGAUCUAAUGCGAGCAACAGGAGACUAUCUGAUGCGUAUAAGGAAGGGACGUAUGUGGAUCGAACCAGGGUUUCGGUAACAAACGGUUUGAGGGCUAAUCUCAAGCAAAUGAUGAAUGAUUUUAAUGCCUUGAGGGACAAGAUUUUAUCUGAUCAUAAAGAAGACCUCAGAAGAAGAUACCACGACUGCACGGGAGAGUCGCCGGGAGACGACACGGUUACCCGCGGCGGCGAACACGUUCGGUCGUUGGCGGAGAUAUUCGAAAUGGAUUCGAGGAACAAGGAGAGGCAUGAGGCCGUGGUGGAUAUUCAACGGAGUUUGGAGAGGCUGCAUAUGGUGUUCCUCGACAUGGCUGUUCUGGUCGAGGCACAAGGGGGGAAGAUGGAUGACAUUGAAGAAAACGUGGCCAGUGCCGUUGAUUUUAUCAGUGGAGGAACCGAUCAACUUUACCACGCAAAUCAAAUGAAGAAGAAGAAGACGGCAUGCGUUUACUGGGUUUGUGGUGUUCUUGUUCUAAUUCUUCUUUUGGUUUGCAUAGUUUCCAUGUUUGCUUCUUGA